AUGGCACCACAAACACAGUUACAAUCCCUGGAGGAAAUACGGGAUGAGACCCCUUCCGUAAAGAAGUAUGAUGAGUUCGAGGAUGAGAGUAAUGGUUGUACAAAGUAUGGAAGCAUGUAUAACAAAGAGGAAAUAGUACAGAAAUUGAAGAGGACAGUGGGGAAAACAUACGGAAUUAAUGAUAAUGAUACAAUUGGAGCAAUUGCGGAUGCCCACUGUUACGCAUGUAACGAAGGGGAAAAGGCGAAAACGGGGGAAUACUAUGAUUAUUGCCACUUCUUGUAUUUUUGGAUAGGAGAAAAAAUAAAGGAACAUUUAAAUGAUCAUGAACUUAGGAACGUCAUGCAAACACUUUACGGGAAUCUAUCAAGUGAAUCAUGUAACAAUGGGUGCAAAAAUUUGUACCCUGAUAUGAGUACAUCUAUUUUCGACCAACGGAAAAAAGUGUUCGAUUUUUCUUACAAUUAUUAUACUUUAAAGAAGAGCUCAGAGGAUAAUAUGGAAGUGUGUUCUCCAGAAUGUGGAACAUAUCUACAGAGUGUUAAAUCAGCAUAUUCAAGUGAGAAGAGUAGUUGUGUUGAUGCUACUGCUGAUCCAUAUUGUAACGAACUUACUGCAGAAUAUAAGAACUAUUUUGAUGGUAGCGGUAAACCCAAAUUAACAUGUACUACAUCGCCCGAAAACGAGGAAGAAAGUGAAUCAUGCCCCGCAGAACUGGAGCAAGUCUUCUCCGAUGCAGUUCCAACAUAUGAGGAUGGAAAAUCACUUACCGAAGAACAUUUUAAAAAAUUACCUUCAAAAAUAUUGUAUCAGAAAUUCGAAGACAAUUCUCGUCAAGUUCAUUGUGAUUCUAGUGAUGUGGCGGGCGUAACGGCUGCGUUGCAAAGUACACUAAGUGGGAAGGGGGUUGAGUUCAGUGACACUGAUGUGAAGAAGAUUUUCCAUGCCUGGUGUUAUGUAACUGGGACCGUGAAGAAAAAGUGUGCUUCGUUGUACCAGGAUCGUUUUAAAUUUUUUUACCUAUGGUUUGGGGAAAUGAUCUUUAAAAAGAAGGAACGAAUUUAUUCAUUUGAUGAACUGAUGGAUGAAAUUAAAGACGGACUGAAUAAAAUGGGGGGGGAAGGUGGCGAUAAGUGUGGACCUCUAUGCAAAGGUGAUGUUAACGACAAAACCACUUUUAACCGCAGAAAACUAGCAUAUGAAUAUUAUACAAUCUAUAAACAUAUAAAGGAACACUGGAAUGAGCAUCAGUACAAGUGUGAUAAAGCAUAUUCCACUUACCUCAAAGAGACUUAUGAAGCAUGGGAUGCUGUACGUCAACAAUGCAGUGGCAAGAAAGACAAAGGUUACUGUGACGAAUUUAAUGAGAAUUAUAAGGAGCAUAAUGGUCAAGAACUAUCAAAGUUGGAAUGUACUGUGGAGCAUAGAAUAGACACUGCAAGAACGAAAACACAUGAAGGUUUCCCUGUGGAAGGAGGGGGACCUGCAACCAUAGGCCCUAUAGUAUCGUCUGCUCUUGGAAUAGGGGGAGGAUUAGCUUCCAUUGCUCUUCUUUUGUAUAAGUAUGAUCUCCUACCUCCUGGGAUAAAAAACACCUUCUUUGGAGGAAGGAGCAGAAAUAGCAAUAAAAGGAGGAACAGAAGAUCAACCAACUCUAACUUCAGUACAUUCACCGAGAACGACUCAACAACGCAGUACUCCACAGAAGCGUCCACACUAGGUUCUAUGGAAGAAGACAAUUCUACCAUAUAUAAUGGAAAACGACCACCCAGAGGAGGGAAUAACAACAACAAUAGAAGACGGGGACAUGAAAACGGGAAAAACAUUAGUUAUCAAAACAUGUAG